UUCAUUCAAACCCUAAUUUCGUUCAUCAUCUUCAACCUCCACCUGCAAAUCUUCAUCUCUCUCAUCUCCAAAACCUCAACAACAAUGUCAGACAAGCGAAACAUACAAGAUCAAAAGCGCCGAUUACUCGCCGAGAAGUUCGAACUGAGGCGAAAGCUCUACAAAGCGUUCACAAAAGACACCGAUCUUCCUAACGACGUGCGCGAGAAACACCGCUGUAAGUUAGCCGCGUUGCCUCGCAACAGUUCGUUCACUCGUGUCAUGAACCGGUGCGUCUUCACCGGUCGUGCUCAUGCUGUUUAUAAGAUGUUUCGUGUUUCGCGUAUCGUGUUUCGUGAUUUGGCUUCCAGAGGCUUGUUACAAGGUGUUAAGAAGGCGUCGUGGUAGUUUUAUCGGCGAUUUGGUUCGAGAAUAAGGUUAGGUUUUCAGAUCUGGUUAACGGUUACUGAUAUUAUGAUUGAUUAUCGUUGUUUAAAGUUAUAUGAAUGUUAUAACUCGAUGAAUUUUGGUACAAUCAUUUAAUGUUUUCAUUAUGUUGAACGAUUAUUGAUGUUAUGAUCGAUUAUUGUUGCUGGAUC